UCUUUGGUUCUUAUUUGUUGGUUUUUCUUGGACAAAGACAAUUCUUGCCUUUUUUUCAAGUCAUUUCGACCAAUUCUUCUUUCAUUAUUAGUACUGGUUUUUGCUUGCCUUGUUUUUGGGUUCAGCGUUGAUGAGUUAUUAAUGUCUUUGGCUGUUAGAGCUGUGUCAAGUUCCAGGGAUAUGGGGUUUGAUGAGAACACAGAGCGAGGAGAGAAAAGUGAUGUUGCUUUGGAGGGUAAAGAUGAGGCAACCGCGGAGAGGCUAGGUAAGCACAUGCCUGAAACUGAUGAUGAAGAAGAGGUAGACACCAAAAUUGAACUUGGUCCUCAGUACACUCUCAAAGAACAGCUUGAAAAGGAUAAGGAUGAUGAGAGCCUGAGGAAGUGGAAGGAGCAACUUCUUGGAAGUGUUAAUUUUGAAAACAUUGGAGAAACUCUUGAACCUGAAGUGAAGAUCCUUAGUCUGACAAUUCUCUCACCCGGAAGAUCUGACAUUGUUCUCACUAUUCCAGAGGGUGGAAAACCCAAGGGGUCAUGGUUUACAUUGAAAGAAGGUACUCAUUACAGCUUCAAAAUAACAUUUGAAGUCAAUAAUAACAUUGUAUCUGGCCUUAAGUACACCAACACUGUUUGGAAAACUGGUAUCAAAGUUGAAAGUGCUAAAGAGAUGCUUGGAACCUUUAGUCCUCAGCCAGAACCUUACACUCAUGUGAUGCCAGAAGACACAACCCCUUCUGGCAUGUUCGCAAGAGGAUCAUAUACUGCAAGAACAAAGGUCAGUUUAAUUGCCUGCCUUUGUUAAAGUGGUAUUCUUUUG